AUGAAUGCAUCCAAACUUCAGGAAAGCGGUGAAGUGAGAAUCGCACACGCUCUACAUACAAAAGAGGAGGAGUUUGUAGUCAAAAGGAGAGAAAUUGUUUUUCAAAGCCUGCAGAAACACGAGAUACACUGCAGUCAGAAUAAAGUGCCACACAUUGCAUUAUUAAGUUCUGGAGGAGGACAAAGAGCCAUGGUGGGUUUGCUGGGAUCCCUGGUUCAGCUUGAUAAAGCGGGUCUUCUGGACUGCAUCCUUUAUCUGAGCGGAGUCUCUGGAUCCACCUGGUGCAUGGCCUCCUUAUACCAAGAACCAGACUGGUCCACCAAACUAGAGACCGUGAAAGACAAUAUCAUCAAGAAACUCAGCGGACCAGGAGUCAGCUGGGGAGACGCAUUUGCCAAAUUGAAGAAAUAUUACUACGGGAAAGACUUCUUCAGCUUGACUGACCUCUGGGCAGCGAUCGUCGUCACAACAUACAUGAAAGAGAUUGAUGAACACACUCUGACAGAUAAGCGGUCCCAACUCAGUAAAGACCCAUUUCCCAUCUACACAGUGACUGACAAGCAAAGCAAACAGGAGGAGGGAGGAGACCCCUGGUUUGAGAUCAGUCCACAUGAAGCAGGUUAUUCCCUCACUGGAGCGUUUGUGGAGACCUCCAGCUUCGCCAGCCAGUUUGACAACGGCUCAAAGAAAAAACACCAGCCUGAAAUAGACAUGCUGUACCUGCAAGCUCUGUGUGGCAGCGCUUUAGCUGGAGAAGAUAGUAAAGAAUUCAUCUGGGGAAAAAUACAAGAUUUCCUUAAACAUUCAAGACCUACGAAAGAAAUUAACAUGUUUGAGGAAAUGAAGGAAGAUCCAAACUCCCCACCUGUAGAAAAGUGGUACCAGGUUCUCAUGGAUCUUGUGGACAUGAAUCUCUGUGUUUUAAAUGUCAAAGAUCCUUCUGCUCUUGAUCAAUCCAUCAGAACAACGCUGAACGACCUCGCUGCAGGCAAAAGUCAGUUGAUUUUUCCAACACAAAAACUGAAUCUCGCUGAUAAAGAAGCUGCAAAACUGUAUAUGAAGCAAUACACUGAGGAUGUAUGUAAUUAUUUGAGUCAAUUCAGUUUGGGGCCUUUCGAUAUUUUCUUGAGCAUUUGUAAAUGCAUGGCUCUGUGGAUCUGGGGCAGGAAUUAUAACUUCCUCCACAAUAUGAGCGAUGAAUCCGUGCCUUCCGCUCUUCUGCAAAGUGAGACGAGAGACUUUGAAGACGCAGGACUGCUGCUGAACUCACCCUACUUCUCAGUGCUGAGAAAAGAACGAGACAUCGACCUCAUCAUUUCCCUGGAUUUCAGUGAAGGCGAUCCUUUCAUGGUAUAGCACGCAUUUUUAAGACAUACUCUAAAGUUAAAGACACAGAUCACCUAG